AUGGAAAGUAAAAAUGCCAUUAGUUCAUGGUCUAAAGAAAAAUUGGAAGAUCAAUACUUACGAUUGUAUGAUGAUUAUUUGACAUUAAAAAAACAUGCAUGUAAACAAGAGGAACGUAUUAAAAAAAUGGCAACUAAAAUUUUACGUUUAGCUAAUGAUAAGAAAGAUUCUGAUCCUGGAUCUGUAUUGAAAGAAGAUUAUCAAGAACAGAUUGAAGUGUUGGAAAGAAAAAAUGCUACAUUGACACGAAAAUUAGCAUUAGUACAAAAUCAGUUAAAUGUUCAAAAACAAAGAAUUGGCAGUGCACCACUUUCAGCUCGGAAAGCGAGUUCCGCAACUAUUCAAACAACAGGUCGUAAUUCUUGUGUUGGAGAAAAACCAAUAAAUAAUUCUAAUGUUAUACAAACAUUACGUUUUCAAAAUUCUGCAUUUGAAAAAACGAUACAAAAAUUAUCAGAACAAUUAAAAGAACGUAAUGAAUUAAUUGAUCAAUUAAAAGAAGAAUUACAAAUAAAAGAGAAAAUUCAUACGAAUAAUUUAGUUACCCUUGGUGAACAAGUCACAUCAAAACAAAGGAUUGCUUUACAAGAAAAUCUUGAUUUAAUACGUACCCAAAGAGAAUUACGUGAAAAGCAAUUCCUGAUUAAUCAUUUAGAAGAACGUAUUAAAGAAGCUGAAUCUAAUUAUAAUAUAAUUCAAUCAACUAAUCGUCAAUUAGUCAUAGAAAUUGAACGUUUAACACGUGAAUCAAGUCAAUUAGAACAAAAAUUAUUCUCUUUACAAUCUGAUAAUAAUUUGGCAUCUAAACAACAAUUGAAAAUAUUAGAGCUUCAAUAUGCAUUUGAUGAUGCAAAACGUGAAAAUCAAGCCCUUAAAGAAUCAAAUGAAAAACUUAUAGCAAACGCAUUCUCUAUUAAACCUGAACAAAAUUGGACAUUGAAAGAACAAAAAUUACGUAGACAAAUUGAUCAUUUAGAAAUGAUGGUACAUAAUUUACAACAACAAUUAAAACAACAAGAAAAACAUUCACCUGAUCAUCAAGUUAUUGAAGAGAAAAUUCUGCCAAAUAAACAACAAUCUAAUAAAUUAGAAAGUGUGCCAAGUAAACAAGUUGAUAAAGUUGAUUCAAAUGAACAACCUAAAGUGACAAAUACAACAACUCAAAUGUUUGCACAAAUUACUGGAUUCACUGUUGAAGAAUUAGAAGAUGCUAUUAUGAUCUUACGAGAGCGUAAAUCAAAAUCUCAAUCAGUCGAUGAUGAUCUACUACCUAAUGCUGAUAAAUAUUUAUUAGGUCAAAACAAAGAUCCAUUAAAACCAUUAAAUGAAUCUGAAUUAUUACAUAUAGAUACAAUUAAUGAAUUAGAAAAAACAAGAAAAUUAUUACAUAAUCAAUAUAAAAUUAAUAAAAAUUAUCAAAUUGAAAUAAAACAAUUAACAGAUCAUUUAACCGAAUAUAAAUUAGAAACAGAACACCAUUUAAUUGAAUAUAAAAAUUUAUUAAAUCAACGUAAUGAACAAAUAAAACAAUUAAAAAAUCAAUUACAUAAUUUAUUAUAUAAUUCAAUGAAUAAAUAUAAAGGUGAUCAACUUCCAAAUGACAAGCUGACAACAGAAGAUGCUUUAAAGCCAGGAGAAAGCUUAAUCGAGUUCCAUGUAGGUCAAUUACAUUUGUUACCAUCGUUACUAUAUAAAUAUCAAACAAAUUCUUCUUCUACAACGAAUAAUAAUCAAAAGAAUCAUAUUACUGAAGAAUCAAUCAAUCUAUUUCUAACAUGGGAUUUUUAUGAUUAUGAAACACAAGCAACACCAAUUUUAUUUAUACAUAAUUCAAUCGAUUUAAAUAUGACAAUACAAUAUCCUAUAGAAAUAAAUGAUACAUUAAUGAAUUAUUUAAUCAAGGAACCAUGCACUAUAGAAAUGCAUCAAGUUAUCAAUUCCAAUUAUCGUACUAUUGCUGUUGGAAAACUUAAUUUCACACAAUUAUUUACUGGAAAAGACGACUGUAUAGAAAUCCCUGAUCAAGGAAGUAUUGUACGUCGACAAGGUCAAUUAGAUUUAUUUCUUAUCUCUACUCCAGAUAAUUCUAUUAAUAUUAAAGAAAAUGAAAAAAUAAAGUUUGGAACUUUACAUUAUUGGAUACGACUAACUGCAUCAAUGCCAGAUUCUAUUAAACUUUAUAAAGAAAGAUUUCAACAAUUACCUGGAUCUAUAACAUUCACUAAUAAAUCAUCUAUUCAUCAUGAUGAAUUACAUUCAACAGAUCUAUCCAAAAAUAUUCUUACUAUUGAAAUAAUGAAAAUUACUCAUUUAAAUAUUCAACAGCGUUUAAAUUAUUUACCAUCAAUUUAUUUUGUAUAUCAAUUUUAUAAUGAAUUAGAAUAUGCUUCUAUGAUAAUUAAAGAGAAUAAUACACCAAUAUUUAAUGAUUUACAUACUAUACAAUUAGAGAUGAAUGAUGAACUUGAUAAUUAUUUAAGAACACAGAAUUUAAACAUUUACAUUGUUGAUAAUGCAGAUCCUUCACCUGAGACAAGUUGUCUUGGCUUAGCUACAGUUCCACUGAUUGGUUUGAUCAAUAAAAAUCAUAAAAUUGAUGGUAUAUUUGAAAUAUUCCCCCUAACUACAUUCAAAAAACGGAAACAAUCUAAUCAAAUCGAUAAAGAUCAAUCUAAUUGUGGUUUAUUAUAUUUAAAAAUGUAUUGGCAACAACCUUAUACUGUUACUACUACUACUAAUAGUCGUAAUACAGUAGUAUAUAAUCAACCAAAUAUGGAAGAAUCUAAAGAUUUAGAAAUGGAACCAGUAAAACAAGCUGCUGAGAAGCCCUACGUAACUCAAUAUGAAUCUUCUAAAGAAGCUUGCUUGCAACCAAAAUCAUCAUCUAAUGUCUCAUUUACCAAACCUAUCGAUAAACUGAAUCCUCCUGACAAUUUGCCGAAUAACUCAACUAGAAAAAAACAGGAUACACCUGAUCUAGAUCAAGUCAUUGCCAAAGUUCCUGAACUAACUGUCAAUAAAACAGAUAAUCAGAUCUCAAUUCCCUCUGAGGAUCAUUCAAAGACCAAUACAAAAUCGAAUGAAAUGUUAUCAUCAUCAUCAUCAUCGAUACAAAUUCAAUUAGAAAAUUCAGGGAAACAAUCAGUUGUUCCAACUCCACAUCCUAGAACUAAAACAAAUGAACCACAAAAUUUGAAAUUAGAUUUAUUGAAUCCAUCAAUUAUUUCUAAGAAAACUACUAGUAACAAUGUUCAAGAUCCAGAACCAUUAUCAGCAUCACCAAUUGUUCAAUCAAUGUUCACCGAUGAAAAUCAUGUCAAAAUUGAAUUACAUGGUUUACAAUUAAUCAAUUUAUCUAAACUAUUAAAAAACAAUCAUACAUUACCAAAUCAAAUAUUUAUUGAAUAUUCAUUUCUUGGUUAUAAAGAACCAUUUGAAACUAGUACAUAUCCAUUAAUUGAAUGGAUAGAUAAUAAUAAUAAUAUAUUAAAAGCAAAUUUUUAUUAUACUAAAACAUUUCCAGUUGAUUUUACAGAGAAUUAUGAACGUAGACAAUAUUUAGCUAGUUAUCUAUUACCAGAAGAUCCAAAUAAUGGUAAUAUAAUUUUUAUUAUUGUUAGUGAACCAUCUACAACAACAACACAAUCAGCUGAAUGUGAAGAAAUUGGUUAUGCUAUGAUUAAUAUUAGACAAAUCAUACAAGAUAAUUGUGAUAUAGAUCAUGUAUUUAUUCCAAUUACCGCUGCUAAAGCUGUCGACGGUGAAACAGAGAGUUUAAAUGAAAUCGGAAGACUUUGUGUAUCAUUUUAUGGUUUAUCAGCACUUCAUGCAAUCAUUGCUGAAAUGCCUCAAGUGAAAUUGGCUAUUUAA